UGAUUUAAUGAAACAUUUAGCAGGGGAUGAAGCGACGAACAGGCUUGAAAAGCUCCUUUUCGUUCGGUGUAAAUGGCUCCGCUGCAGCUACUUGGAAUCAGAAAAUGGCUGGCUGUUCGGGUUCGCGCGAAGCUCCUGCCCCUCGCUGGCCCAAAAGCGAUAUUUUUAGCGGUGGCUUAUAAACCGAGGUUUGGCCAGAAGCCAGCAAGUGUCCCCGUGGGCCACGCAGUGCCGCAGAACUCGAACGGAUCCCGUCACUUCGACAACUACGCGCCGUGGAAUCCGGAUGCGUAUUUCACCUGCAACCCUUUCAAAGCUGGAACGAUUCAACGGGGCUCAAACCGACCGAUGAACUACAUGACGAAACACAACGACACCGCAUAUCGAACCGCAAUCGGAUACCCAAAUCAGGAAUAA